AUCGUCCUCAAUCGCCCAAUUUCCUUCUCUGCAAAUAAAGCUUCCCUACACUUUUAAUUCAUUCUUACUGCGAUAACGAUGGCGCCAAAGGCAACAGCAGACAAGAAGGUCGCCGAGAAGAAACCGGCAGAGGAGAAGAAGACUGUCCCCGCCGACAAGGCACCCGCAGCAGAAAAGAAGCCAUCCAAGGCCGGGAAGAAGGUCCCCAAGGAAGGCGCCGCCGCCGGCGACAAGAAGAAGAAGAGGCCAAAGAAGAGCGUCGAGACCUACAAGAUCUACAUCUUUAAGGUCCUGAAGCAAGUUCAUCCGGACAUCGGGAUCUCCAGCAAGGCCAUGGGAAUCAUGAACAGUUUCAUCAACGACAUCUUCGAGAAGCUCGCUCAGGAGUCGUCCAGGCUUGCCCGGUAUAAUAAGAAGCCGACCAUCACCUCCAGGGAGAUCCAGACGGCGGUGAGGCUUGUACUGCCCGGAGAAUUGGCCAAGCACGCUGUCUCAGAGGGGACGAAGGCGGUGACUAAGUUUACAAGCAGUUGAAGAACAGUUUAGAUUGAUGGAUCUAGGCGAAGUAUUUUUAAAAUUAGGGUUUGCUAGCAUGAAGUGUGCUUCUUUUGGAAGCAGUUGGAUGUCAAUGUUUUCUGUUUGCUCAAGUGAUGAAAUUAAAUACAAUUCUCUGUUCAUUCAAUCAUUCAGCAUUUCAUGAUCAGCGUAAUUUACUCUUCCCAUUUUCCUAAAAUCAGCAGCCUGGGGAUUUUUUUAAAUCGAUUAUUUUGUUUUUUUGGCUACUUAUCAUCUCUUAUUCAUGAAGAUUGAGUACUGUAAUGAACUGGUAACAACUAAUCAGCAUGCGGUAACCUGUCAUAAUAUUACAAAAAUUGCAUUUCUUUCAUCUUUCGUGAUUGUUUUGAAACAUUGUCUUGGGUUUCAAUUUGGUACCUUGCACAAAGAAUGCUCUUUUCUAUGACAUUAGAAUGUGAAUUUCUUCCACUACGUUUUGCUGUCUGCCAUGGACUUCGAUUGAGAUGAAAGCAUACAAGAGCAUUUCGGCUGCAAAUUGAUGAAGUGGACCAAAAAAUUCCUAGCCAAACCUUACACUUGCUCAAGUGCUGCAUUGC